CAAACAAAACGUGUUCGUGGAAAACGUAAAAAUUACAAUUUUUAUAUUUUCUUACAGAUUAAUUAAAACAAAAUGUCAGCUAAUAAACGUAAAAAUUUGAAUGCCAUGGAAGAAGAUCCCAGUGGUUCUGAUUCAGAGACCUCAAGUGAUGACGAGGAUGAUGGUCCCCACCCAGAUGCUUAUACUGGCAAUGAAGAAGUUGUAGUUGACUUUGAAGGUCGCGCACCCAUUGAUCCAGAUUGUCAUGGUAUUUCUCAAUUGCUGCAAAGAGUAUUCCUGAAAGCCCACGUUAAUUGCAUGCAAAUGGCUGAUUUGAUAAUUGCUCAAAAUUUCGUGGGCAGUGUUAUAUGCCAAUGUGAACCGGAUGCCAUCGAAAGUGAUGCCGACGAUGAUAUGUGCGAAGAUGGCACUAUCUUUGGUAUUACAACCGUUUUAAAUAUUACUGCUAAAAAGGAUGUUCCUUGUAUUGAACAAUUCCGUUCUUUUGUUGUACAAAAGGCAGAGAAAUAUGCUACGGAUGCAGUAUUAAAACAUUUCCGUGAUGUUUUGGGCAAUGAGGCCAGACCAAUUGGUUAUUUGGUCAAUGAACGUUUCAUAAAUAUACCAGCACAAAUAUCUGUGCCUUUGAUGGAGAAUCUUUAUAAGGAAAUUACUACCGCUAAGCAAAAGGGGAUGCCUUAUAAUUUUGUUUAUUUCCUUAUGAUCGUUAAGUUCUAUCGUAAGGAAGCCAAGAAGGGUAAACCAAAGGAAGAUACCUACACAAAUGCCGAGGAAGAAUUGUUGGCAGAAAAAGCAGUCAGUUCAUUUGAGUAUUCUGUAUCCGAUGAAUGUGAUAUGGGCAUGUCCGGUGAUUGGCUAGAAGGUGACGCUACUUUGACUCCCUAUAGAAAGGUAUUGUUAUUUGAUGCCAAAAAUUUCCCUGAAUUAAUAUUCGAUAUACAAAAGUAUAUCAAUGGACAAUGAUUGUAUAAAUGACGAACUACAUAUAAUAUAAUUUGUAAAUUAAGGAUUAAGAAAAUGUGUAUUUUAUAUAAAAAUAUAUAACGAAACUGAAUAAAUUUCAAAUGUUAUGAAAAAUAAAA